AAGCCCCACCAAAAAUAAUCCCACUUCCAGCCUCAAACCUCACCCACCCAGCGGGCACAUCCACGCAAUAACGACGAGCCGACGACCGCACAACCGACUGCCUGCACGCGCCCAGCGGGGGACUCACCACGAUAUCAACCACCGCCGAAGCUCCAGCUCUCUCUCGCACCCACAUCUAACCCCCCGCUGCAGCCGCAGCCGCACGCGCAUACGCCAUAAUGCCCUACUUCAAGACGAGCCAGGAGUGGCUCGACCAGUCGGUUGCCCUCCUUGAAGCCAGACCGGCCACGACGCACAUCACCACCCGAUACUCCCUCAGAGCCGCCUCCACGCGACCAUCCGGUGACGACGCCGGCGAUGCUACGGCCAAACCCCCGCGCGGCGCGCUCGUCAUCAAGACCUACGACCCCGUGAGCGGCGUCUCCCUCAAGUACCGCACCACCAAGGCCGCCGAGGUCUCCCGUCUCAUCGGCGCCUCCCUUGGCCGGCUCGGCCGCAGCAUGGCCGCAGUCCCAGAGCCCGCCGAGGAGCCCAUGCUCGAUGCCCCCGCCGACGCCGACGACCAGAAAGCCGCCCCCGCCUCACAAACCCCACAGCAGCAGCAGCAACCUCAACAAGGAGGUGGUGGAGGCAAGAAGAAGAAGAAGGGCAAGAAAUGAGACACGGGUAUGAAGAGGCGGUCGAGGCUCUGGACAGAUUCCCCAAAGGCGCAGGGCAGACUUUGGGAUGGAGUUUAUAAAAGGGACAGACAUAGAGGGAAUGAGCACAAUUACGCCCAGCGUCACAUUUCAUGUUCACUGCUUAUGGUCAAGAGGAUCAGGCAUGGUUGAGAUUCUGAUACAAUCAAUA